AUGACUGUGAAGAAGGGCAGUCGAUCUGGAGGGCAGGCGGCGAUAGUCGCGAGGCAGAAGCUACAUACAACGAACCAACAUAUAGAUAUAGCGGCCAUCAACAAAACAUACACCUACAACGUGACAGUGGGCUUCAAUGAGAAGGAUCAGUUACAGCUGAUGAAGAAAGAUGAUGGUGAUGAUGAUAAGAAAAUAAAAGAUUAUGAGAAAGUUAAACAGGAGAAUAUAUCAGUGGAUGAUAUAACCAAUUGUAUCAAUAUAGAGAGUUACAAUAACUGUGAGAACACACUGGUCUUCUACAUCACGAGGAAUCACGGCAGGGAGGCGCUCGCUUUGAGGUUCGAGAACGAACAGGACUUCAAACGAAUAUACUUCACUUACAAGUACUUCAAGAUGCGGAACAGACUCACGAAGAACGCAGCCAAUCAUUACAGUACUGAUAGUCUGUUCGUUAAAAAGAAAAACGAUAGUUAUAACAAAAUAAAUAGUGUGGACGAUUAUAACUUCGUCAGUAAAACAAAAUCGGAAUUCGACCUGCAGACUGUUGAUAACGAAGGUGUGACACACAUAUCUGUCCAACAGAAAGGAUCGUCACGAUACGACCAGCCCUUGAGUCUGAUCGGCUUGAGGAAUGACUUGAGAGACGGAGAGACGGACGGAGUUAUAUACACUGAUCUGGAAAUACAGAAUAAACCAGAGAAAAAACGACUGUUCCACAAAAAGACGAAGGCACCGCCCCCGCCACCACCGCUUAAUAAAGACACACCGAAAGUAUUGAAAGGUGAAUUCGUGAGGGUCAACGUAGAGAGGUCGCCUGACGCGGCACCCAAAAACAAAAAGCACAAUAAGAUCCAGGAUAUUCUCGUAUUCAGGGAUAAUAAGACGAAAAAAACAAGCCCGAACAGCAAUCUGUGGACCGUCAGUAAUAAAGUCAACAACGGCUAUGAAUCCGACAGAGAAGAAUGGAGAGCCAGUCGCUCGCAGUUUUCUACCACAGCCUUCGACAGUCUCGCGCGUCCCACGAAGAUGGCGAUGGCGCUCACGCUGAAGAAGCCCCAAAGAAUAGAUCCAGUGCCCCAAUACUUCCGUCUCACCAGCGAUCAGCCAAAACUCACUCCGACGCCCUUCAGACCCAACAACUUCCUCCAACGACCAAGACUGCCGCGACUCAGCCCAGAAAUAAAGAGAAACCUCAGCACAGAUCAUAGGAAAUUCACAUCGCUACAGAGUCUAGAGAUACCGAAGAAAUUGAGCGAGCCCAAGAAACAGGAGAAGAAGAACUACAGCAUCAUCUCGAACAGAAUAACGGGUUUGACGAAUAAGUUACGGGAUCUCGGCAGCGGUAACACUAUAGGACGGUUCAGGAGUCAAGAUGUUACCUUGAAGCCGGUCUUGAAGAACGACAAGCGGCCGAUAGUGAGGACGUGUAGCGCGGAGCCUCCCAAGAAAGUCACAUUCAGCGCAUUCGCUACCGUCCAAGUAGUUUGA